AUGAAUUAAUCAUCUAUUAUAUUGGAAGAUAAUAAAUACAAUUCUGCUUAAUAAGAAGAAGAAGAACGUAUGUUGACAGCGAAAGCAUGUGAUUUAAAGAAGGCAUUAAUUUAUAGAAAGUUUCAAUAAAAUGAGAGAAAGGAAGAGUUGGAAGAUAUCAAUUAAUUAUUUGAUGAAAGAUAAUUAAAUAUUUUGAAUGAUCUUGCUAAUGAUAAUGGGAAUUAUGAAGAAUAAAAUUAAAUAGCUACUAUAAGAUAGGAAGUUAAUAAGAAAUUAUAAACAGUAAUGGAACAUGGUCUGAAAAGACAUUCUAUUUAUAUUAUGAAAAAACCUAUAGAAAAUAAAAGAAUAUUUAAUAUUGAGGUAUUCAAACCAGAAGACAGAUUUAGAAUUAUUUGGGAUUUAUUCACUAUGUUGAUUAUCUUUUUUGCUAUUUUAAUUUUACCUCUUGAUAUUAGUUUUACAAUUGAAUCAUAAUUUUUUGAUCACUUUAAUUAUGCUUCAAUUGCAAUAUUCAGUUUUGAUAUUCUCAUUAAUUUCAAUACUUCCUAUUAAUAAAAAGGUCAAUACAUAAUUGAUCGUAAACUUAUAGCUAAACAUUAUUUGAUGGCAUGGUUCUGGAUAGAUUUGAGUAUAUUAUUAAUUAAAACUAGUUUCAACCUUUCCUUUUGAUAUCAUUAUUAAUGCUUCAACAGAAGAAAUCAUACAAUCUGAUGAAAUUGAUGAAACUUAAGCAUAAAAUCCAUAAAAUUAAUAAUAAUAAUCAGAUUAAUUAGCUAAUACUUUUAAAUUAUUAAGAAUUUUAAAAUUUUUUAGAUUUAUUAAAGUAAUUAGAUUAUUGAGAGUAUUAAAAUUAAAAAAGAUAUUUUCUAAAUUUGAAGAUUAUGUAGAUUUUUCAAAUUCUAUGAUUUCACUUUAUAAAGUUUUAAAAUUAACAUUUAUAAUGCUCUUUGUAGCACAUUGGUUGGCAUGUAUUUGGCAUUUUAUAGCUGAUUAAGAAGAUUCUGCUGAUAGUCAUAGUUGGCUUAGAGCUCAAGAUUUAUAAGAUAGUGAUUGGUAUGUUAAGUAUAUAGCAUCAGUGUAUUGGGCAACAGCAACAAUGACUACUGUAGGUUAUGGUGACAUAACACCAGUAACAUCAGUAGAAAAGAUAUUUGGUAUAGUAGUUAUGUUAUUGGCUUGUUGUAUAUUUGCAUAUAUUAUGAACAGUAUUGGUGGAAUAUUUGUAUCAAUGGAUUAUAAUGAGAAGUUGAUUAGAUAAAAGAUGGGAUAAGCUAAUUAAUUUCUAAAAUCAAAUGACAUUCCUAAAGAUUUAUAAGCAAGAGUAAGAAAAUAUUUGGAAUAUAAAUAUGAAAAGGAAUCUACAUAAGUAAAUGAAAAGGAGGCUUUGGAUGUUUUAUCAUAUUCUUUAAGAGUAGAAGUAUUAGCUGCAGUUAAUACAGAUUUGAUAAAUAAUUCAAAAGUUUUUAAAUAGAAUAAAUUUGAAAAGGAAUUGUUAUUACAAUUGCCAUUUGAAUUAGAAGAAUAAAUCUUUGGUCCUGAAGAAUGUAUAUUUUUAGAAGGUGAUGAUCCUAUAGAAUAAGAAAAUGGAUAAAAUAUUGAAGAUAGAUGCCUGUAUUUUCUCAAUAAAGGAUAGGUUAUGGUAUGUAUUUAAAAAACUUUUACUUGUUUAAAGACAUUAGAUAAAGGAGCUACAUUUGGAGAACUUGGAUUUUUUAGUAAUAAAUCAAGAAGUGCAUCUGCUUAUACACUUGAUUUUGUUUAUGUAUAAAAAUUGAAAAAAAAGAAAUUUACAGAAAUUUUAAAGAAAUAUUAAACUUAAAAUUAAUUUUUUUUAAUGAAUAAACAUAUAAUUGAAUUAGGAGAAGAUUAUUCUCCUCUUGGUUUACCUUGUUUUGGAUGUUAAUAAAUUAAUCAUUUUUCAUCUACUUGUCCUAAAUUACAUUUUGUUACUAAUAAUGAUAGAAAAUAAGAAUUAAUAUAAGAAUUAUAACAAUAAUAAUAAAAAUUUACAAAAGAAUUUAAAAGACAUGAAAAAAUUAGAUAUAAUUCUAGAGGUUGUUUUAGUCUAACAAAUGAAGUUGCUAAUGAAAUCAAGUAGGUUUAUUCUGCUUAAGAAGAAGGGGAUGAAGAUAGAUUGAUUAAAUUAUAAUAGUAUAUAACUUUAAUAAAAAUAGACGCAAUGAAGAAGAACCCACUUAAGAGGGUUUUGAAGUUAUGGAAAAUUAAAAAGAAAUUAAAAGUUAACAUUAAGAUGAAUUUGAAAGAAUGUAUAUUAUGACUGCAUUCUUUACUUAAUUCAAUAUUGAUGAAAUUAUGAAAAAUUAUAAUGAAAGAGUUGAUAAUAUUCUCAAUUUACAAUAGUAAGCUUAAGAACAUAGUAUAAGAUCUCAAUAUCAUUCUAUUAAAACUAAUACUAAGAAAUCUAGAAUUAGAUCAAUGUCUGCUGAACGUGCCAUAUAUUUUGAGAAAUUAAUUGAAAAAUAUGGUGGUCCAUCUUAAUUUUUAGAAAAACUAAAUUAAGAUAAUUGA